CCUUUCCCUCCUUGCCUCUCCCAGUGUCACUGGCAAACCUCCGGGGUGAGGUCAGUCCUGCAAUCACGUGAAUCUCUCACGUUUGCAAGGUUUGCAGAAAGAGCCUGUUAGCUUUGAUCUCCCAGGGAGCAGCCAGGCUUGCCAGUCCCUCCCCAGGAAUUCACAUGCCCUUGCCAUACAGGCUUUCCAAACACGCCACCCAGUCUCUCCAGCGGACCCCACCCAACUCCACUUUCGGAAGCUCCUCCCAGCUGGCAACCAGAACUUUUGCGAGGCAAUAGGGGAAAGAUAUGCAGUCCGCCCACUUUACCGGCGGACUACAAAUCCCAACAGCCCUGGCUCUGCGCAGGCGCGCGGCGGCUCAACGUGCCGGGUGCUGGAAAAGUGUGUCACUGGGGCACGAGGCGCUCCCUGGGAUCACAUGGUACCUGCUCCAGUGCCGCGUGCGGCCCGGGAACCCUGGGCUGUUGGCGCCUGCGCAGAGCCCUCUGUCCCAGGGAAAGGCUCGGGCAAAAGGCGGCUGAGAUAGGCAGAGUGAAAUAUUGCUGCUGAGGGAACGUAGCAGGGCACACGUCUCCUCUUUGCGUCGGGGUGCCCCGUUUCUCCCAUCACCUACUUACUUCCUGAUUGCAACUCCCUCUCUGGGACUUUUGCACCGGGCGCUCCAGGUUCGCUAUCCCGCAGUGCUGCGGAGCCUUCAGGCAGUGCCACCCGGUGCACUGCAGACACCCGACCCUCCUUGAUACCUUCCAGCCAGAACUACUGCAGGCUGAUUUCCCUCCACAGGCACUCCCUGCUCUUCCCAUGCAAAGCAGAUCUCCGUUGCUUCAGCGUCCAACCCUUCUGCAGAGCUGCAGUCCAGCCACCCCAAGACCUUGCUGCGGAGGAGUCCUGACUGCGAGCCGCGGGGUCCACUUGCCGCCCUCAGCCAGCGCCCCGGGGGCCAGAGCGACCGUCGCAACCUCCCGUUUGUGUCAAGGUCCAGUUUGAAUGACCGCUCUCAGCCGGUGAAGACAUGACGACCCUGGACUCCAACAACAACACAGGUGGCGUCAUCACCUACAUUGGCUCCAGUGGCUCUUCCCCGAGCCGCACCAGCCCUGAGUCUCUCUACAGUGACAAUUCCAAUGGCAGCUUCCAGUCCCUGACUCAAGGCUGUCCCACCUACUUCCCACCAUCACCCACUGGCUCCCUUACCCAGGAUCCAGCUCGCUCCUUUGGGAGCAUUCCACCCAGCCUCAGUGAUGAUGGCUCCCCUUCCUCCUCCUCUUCUUCUUCUUCUUCCUCCUCCUCCUCCUCCUUCUAUAAUGGGAGUCCCCCAGGAACCCUACAAGUGGCCAUGGAGGACAGCAGCCGAGUGUCCCCCAGCAAGAGCACCAGCAAUAUCACCAAGUUGAAUGGCAUGGUGCUACUCUGCAAAGUGUGUGGGGACGUGGCUUCAGGCUUCCACUAUGGUGUGCAUGCCUGUGAGGGCUGCAAGGGCUUUUUCCGUCGGAGCAUUCAGCAGAAUAUCCAGUACAAAAGGUGUCUGAAAAAUGAGAACUGUUCCAUUGUCCGCAUCAACCGCAACCGCUGCCAGCAGUGUCGCUUCAAGAAGUGUCUCUCCGUGGGCAUGUCUCGAGAUGCUGUACGUUUCGGGCGCAUCCCCAAACGAGAGAAGCAGAGGAUGCUUGCUGAGAUGCAGAGUGCCAUGAACCUGGCCAAUAACCAGCUGAGCAGCCAGUGCCCCUUGGAGACCUCAUCCACCCAGCACCCCACUUCAGGCCCUAUGGGCCCCUCACCACCUCCUGCUCCAGCCCCCUCACCCUUGGUGGGCUUCUCUCAGUUCCCACAGCAGCUCACACCACCCAGAUCCCCCAGCCCUGAGCCCACCAUGGAGGAUGUGAUAUCCCAGGUGGCCAGGGCCCAUCGAGAGAUCUUCACCUAUGCCCAUGACAAGCUGGGCACUUCACCUAGCAACUUCAAUGCCAACCAUGCAUCUGGAAGCCCUGCAGCCACCACCCCACACCGCUGGGAGAGUCACAGCUGCCCUCCUGCCCCCAAUGACAAUAACACCUUGGCUGCCCAGCGCCACAAUGAGGCUUUGAACGGUCUACGCCAGGGCCCCUCCUCCUACCCUCCUGCUUGGCCCCCUGGCCCUGCCCACCAUAGCUGCCACCAGCCCAACAGCAAUGGGCACCGGCUAUGCCCCACCCACAUGUACUCGGCUCCAGAAGGGGAGGCACCUGCCAACGGGCCAAGGCAAAGCAACUCCAAGAACGUUCUGCUGGCUUGUCCCAUGAACAUGUACCCCCACGGACGCAGCGGCCGGACUGUGCAGGAAAUCUGGGAGGACUUUUCUAUGAGCUUCACGCCUGCUGUGCGGGAGGUGGUAGAAUUUGCAAAGCACAUCCCUGGCUUCCGUGACCUUUCUCAGCAUGACCAGGUCACCUUGCUUAAGGCUGGCACUUUUGAGGUGAGUGACCCCUGUUCACCCCUUGCUUUUGCCCUUGAGAGUCUCAGGACCCAGAAGAAUGGCAUGGUGUCUGGGGGGGGGGGGCUGAAUCCCUUCUGUUCCCACCUCUGGGUGGCUAAGAUUUCUGUCAUCUCAGUUGGCGUCUAAUCCCCACCCAUUACAUGAAAAUAACACCACGGUGCAUUGCUAUUCCCCUGCCAGAUGUGAACAAGCAAACUUGGGUGAAGAACCCAUUCCAGAUCCCCACCACCACACACACACCCCAUUCCCCGCCCCCCCCCCCCCACUGCCCUUUUAGAAACAACUUCCCUACUGAGAAAUCAACAGCAGUGCCCCUUGAGCCCUCUGGGAAACUUGAGGGGUAAUUUUGCCAGGUGCUGUUCCCGCCUCACCCAGUCUGA